AAAAUGCUCUUUACUCUUUAGUACUAUAUCUCUUUUUUCUGGCCUUGCAUGCAUUGCAUUGGUGUCAUCAUGAAGUAGUGCAUAACUUUGAAAGUCUCUAACAUCAUCUUCUUGGAGAAGGGAAAAAGCUUAUUGAUGACAGAAGAGAAGAGGGCGUUACAGAGACACUUCCUUUUCCACAGUCUAAUAAAUAAAUAUUCAUCCUUAUUUCUUUCUUUCUUUUAUUAAUUUUUUUCUCACUUUAUAUAUUCACUUUACUUUGUUCGGAAUUCUUCUUCUUCUUCUUUCUCUCUGCUUCACUCUGUUUCUUCUCUGUUUUUCUUAUUCUUCUCUCUGCUUCUUUCUGAAGCUCUUUCAUUAGAAGCUUCAACAAUGGCUGACAUUACCCAUCUACCUAUGGAACAGCUUCAGGACCUUGACUACUGCUUAGACUCUAACCCUCCUUGGGCUGAAGCUGUGCUCUUAGCAUUUCAAAAUUACAUAUUGAUGCUGGGAACAAGUGUGAUGAUUCCCUCAUUGCUGGUUCAAGCCAUGGGAGGAAGUGAUGGUGACAAGGCAAGGGUGAUACAGACUCUACUCUUUGUAGCUGGCAUUAACACACUUCUUCAAGCACUUUUUGGAACAAGAUUGCCUGCAGUAGUUGGAGGUUCAUUUGCAUAUGUUUUUCCGAUCGCUUAUAUUAUCAACGACUCCUCAUUGCAGCGAAUUACGGAUCCUCAUGAAAGAUUUACACAAACAAUGCGUGCCAUACAAGGAGCUAUGAUUGUAGCCUCAAGUAUUCAGAUAAUCCUUGGUUACAGCCAAGUAUGGGGACUCUUUUCAAGAUUUUUUAGUCCUCUUGGCAUGGCACCCGUUGUUGGAUUGCUUGGAUUAGGAUUAUUUCAACGCGGAUUUCCUGUGUUGGGAAACUGUGUAGAAAUUGGUAUACCAAUGCUGUUGUUGGUAAUUGGAUUGUCACAAUACUUAAAGCAUGUGAGGCCAUUUAGAGAUAUCCCUAUAUUUGAACGUUUUCCGGUGUUGAUUUGUGUUCCAAUCAUCUGGAUUUACGCCGUAAUCUUGACAGCGAGUGGAGCUUACCGGCAUAAACCUGUUAGAACACAACACAGUUGUCGUACUGACAAAGCGAAUUUGAUAUCCACUGCUCCAUGGUUCAUGUUCCCAUACCCUCUCCAAUGGGGUGCACCUACAUUUUCGGCUGGCCAUUCAUUUGCUAUGAUGUCUGCAGUUCUUGUCUCCAUGGUGGAGUCAACUGCUGCAUACAAGGCGGCAUCUCGGUUAGCAAUUGCCACUCCACCUCCUGCUUUUGUGCUGAGUCGCGGCAUUGGUUGGCAGGGAAUCGGCAUCAUGCUUGAUGGCCUUUUUGGAACUGGGACAGGUUCUACUGUUUCUGUGGAAAAUGUGGGACUCCUUGGACUAACGCGAGUAGGAAGUCGCCGAGUUGUUCAGAUAUCUGCUGGUUUCAUGAUAUUCUUCUCUAUGCUGGGGAAGUUUGGUGCUGUGUUUGCAUCCAUACCUUUCCCAAUAUUUGCUGCAUUAUACUGCAUUCUCUUUGGCCUUGUUGCUUCGGUUGGAAUAUCAUUUCUUCAGUUCACAAACAUGAACUCCAUGAGAAACCUUAUCAUCAUUGGCCUCACAUUGUUCCUUGGAAUAUCUGUGCCUCAAUUUUUCAAUCAGUAUUGGAAUCGACACGGCCUUGUUCAUACGAAUGCUGGAUGGUUCAAUGCAUUCUUAAAUACCAUAUUCUCAUCACCAGCAACAGUUGGUUUGAUAGUAGCAGUGUUCCUUGACAACACUAUUGAAGUUGAAAGAUCAAAGAAAGAUAGAGGGAUGCCAUGGUGGGUCAAGUUUAGAACUUUUAGAGGAGACAACAGAAAUGAGGAGUUCUACACUUUGCCAUUCAAUCUCAACAGAUUCUUUCCACCUACUUGAUCUUGAUCAAGAUUAGAAUUCAGAAGCAGCAAUGCAAAUUAGAUUUUCUUGGACCAAAAUUCAUGACUAACAAAGUGCUAAUAUUAGCUUUCUUACAUCUCUCAAUUUUUUGCAGACUAUUUAUGUAGCCAUGGUCUAACUGUGGAUUGUAAAGCAUUUGGGACCAUGCUUUGUAGAUGCAAUAAAAGUGAUUCUUUUUCUUUUUCCCUUCUUUUAUCUCCUAUGUUAGGUUUAGCUCAACCUAGUAGUUUUAUAAAUUGGCUUGAACUUAUUUAGACAAAACCUAACAUGACCCCCCAACCUUUGUAAUAUUGACCCAUAAACGGAAUUUUGGGUCUUAUUAUUUUCCAUAAUUCCACUCAUUUAAUAGUUCCUUUUU